ACAUUUGCAUUUAUUAGUUGUAAUUUGUGGAGAUAGUCUAUAAAUUAAAAAAAAAAAAAACAUGUUUAAAGCAAUCAAACAGAUGCCUAAAAUCAUUGUUCAUAUCAAAAGCACAACGUCAUCAUUGGAUCGUAGUAGAGGGUUCAAAGUUCUCACACCAUUUGGUAUCUACAACAAAUCCCCUGCUAAUCAGCAAGUUACUAUAACUGCAAACAUUUGUCUUAACUCUAAAGAGAAACGUUAUUUUUCUACCAGCAGUACAACAGGCGAAAACAUGAAACUCUUACAGGGAAAAGUAGCCAUUGUAACGGCUUCCACCGAUGGCAUUGGAUAUGCAAUUGCCAGACGUUUAGCCCAAGAUGGUGCCGAUGUAGUAAUUAGUAGUCGAAAACAACAAAAUGUUGAUAAGGCUGUAGAAACUUUGCGCAAGGAAAAUUUAAAUGUCUUGGGAUUGAAGUGCCAUGUCUCCGAAACCCAAGAUCGCAAACAAUUAUUCGAAGAGACCAUAAAGAAAUACGGUAAAAUAAAUAUUUUGGUAUCUAAUGCUGCCACAAAUCCAGCUGUCGGCGGUGUUUUGGAAUGCGACGAAAAAGUGUGGGAUAAAAUUUUCGAUGUAAAUGUUAAGUCUUCUUACCUCUUGGCCAAAGAAGCAUUGCCAUUCUUGCGCAAGGAAAAGAACUCCAGCAUUGUAUUUGUUUCAUCUGUUGCGGGAUACGAUGCCUUUGCGCUUUUGGGUGCAUAUUCCGUCAGCAAGACAGCAUUAAUUGGUUUGACUAAAGCAGCUGCUAAAGAUUUGGCCCCAGAAGGAAUUCGUGUAAAUUGCCUAGCUCCCGGUAUUAUAAAGACUAAAUUCUCCAAAGCUCUUUAUGAGGAUGAAUCAGCAAACGCUGAGGCAUUGUCGAGAAUUCCCAUGAAUCGAUUAGGUACGCCCGAUGAAAUGGCUGGAGUUGUUUCAUUUUUGGUGUCUGAUGAUGCCAGUUACAUUACUGGUGAAACCAUAUUAGCCACUGGCGGCAUGGCAGCUCGUUUGUAAAAACAUAGUGGUGCAUUAUUUAUGUAUAUAAAAUGGAAACUAAUGUUUAAUAAUAUAUUUGUUGGAAUAAUUUUAAAUAAUAUCUUAAAUAAAAUGGAAACACAAUACAUUCAUAUAUAAAUACAAA